AUGAUAUAUUUCUUGUUAUCUUUCUAUUUUCAGAAGUCAGCGUUGGGAAUUGCACAAAGGAAUUUUAGUGCGGAUAUUCUUAGACUUCUUAAUCGUAGUGCAGAAACACCUUAUAAAUCAAUAAAAGUCGGAGAAUGUAUCGGUAAAGGUGCUCAGGGUGAAGUGCGAAAAGCUGAAGUUUUUGGAAAAACAGUUGCUUUGAAAAGAAUAACAUUCGAUGAAAAAAACGCAAUCGUCGGUUUACUUCAUUUGGACUGUCCAAAUUUGGUGGAAUUUCUUGAUCAUCAUCUUCCUAUACCAGAAGAAAUAUCUUCAAAAUUAAAACAAAUGUUAGAUAUGUGCUGGAGGAAAAAGUCUGCAGAGCGGCCUGAGUUUGAAACAAUUCUGGAAGAGUAUUCAAAUUUAGACGCAGAUCCUUACUUUGUAAAAAUCACCGAAAACGAGUGGCAAAGAUUAGUUCCAGAGUGGAAAAAGACAACGCAGAAUAAAAUGAAUGCGAUACGGGCUCAGUUUUUUAAGGAUCAUUUCUAG